AUGGCUUGGUUUAGAGCAAGUUCAUAUAUUGGAAAGUUAGCAAUCAAAAGAACCCUUUCCCAUAGUGGAUCAUAUGCAAUAAGAAGCCAAAUCUUUCAUCUACGGAGUCGAUGUUUUCGUUCCACCGUCUUCAAUCCGAAGCAGAAAAUGUCACCUGUUCCGCGAUCAGUGCCGCUUUCGAGGCUAGCUGAUAACUUUCUUGACGGGACGAGUAGUGUGUACUUGGAAGAACUUCAAAGAGCUUGGGAAGCUGAUCCGAACAGUGUCGAUGAAUCCUGGGAUAAUUUCUUCAGGAAUUUCAUCGGACAAGCAUCGGGACCGGCAGGAGUUUCGGGCCAAACAAUACAAGAAAGCAUGCGCUUGAUGUUGCUUGUAAGGGGCUACCAAGUUAAUGGUCACUUGAAAUCAAAAUUAGACCCCCUUGGCUUGGAAGAAAGGGAAGUCCCUGAUGAAUUAGACCCUGCAUUCUACGGUUUUACCGAAAGCGAUCUCGACCGUGAAUUCUUCAUAGGUGUAUGGAGUAUGUCCGGAUUUUUAUCCGAAAACCGACCAGUUCAGACUCUCAGGUCGAUAUUGACCCGUCUCGAGCAAUCCUAUUGUGGGAGCAUCGGGUACGAGUUUAUGCACAUCGAGGAACGGGAGAAAUGUAACUGGUUAAGAGAAAAGAUUGAAACUCCGACGCCUAUGCAUUACAAUAAGGAACGCCGAGUUCUAAUUCUUGAUAGACUUAUGUGGAGUACACAAUUUGAGAGUUUCUUGGCAACAAAAAUGAAAACUGCUAAGAGAUUCGGGCUCGAAGGUGGGGAGACAUUGAUUCCCGGUAUGAAGGAGAUGUUCGAUCGAGCUGCGGAUUUAGGGGUCGAGUGUAUAUGUGUUGGAAUGUCUCAUAGAGGCCGAUUAAAUGUUUUGGGUAAUGUUUUCCGGAAACCGUUACGACAGAUAUUCAGUGAGUUCGAUAAGAACUCAAAGUUCGAAGAUGAAAGUGGGCUAUAUACAGGCACCGGUGAUGUUAAGUACCAUUUAGGAACUUCUUAUGAUCGUCCCACUAGGGGUGGGAAGAGGAUUCAUUUGUCUUUGGUUGCAAAUCCGAGUCAUUUAGAAGCCGUAGACCCAGUUGUUAUUGGAAAGACUCGAGCGAAGCAAUACUUUUCGGACGAUUUGGAUCGGACUAAGAACAUGGCAGUAUUGAUUCAUGGCGAUGGAAGCUUUGCUGGACAAGGAGUAGUGUAUGAAACUCUACACCUUAGUGCACUACCAAAUUACACUACCGGUGGAACUAUACACGUUGUAGUGAACAAUCAAGUGGCGUUUACGACGGAUCCGAGGGCUGGGCGAUCUUCGCAGUAUUGUACUGACGUUGCCAAGGCCUUAAAUGCUCCCAUUUUUCAUGUUAACGGUGAUGACAUAGAGGCAGUCGUACACGUAUGCGAGCUUGCAGCACAAUGGCGCCAGACUUUCCAUUCGGAUGUAGUUGUCGAUAUCGUGUGUUAUCGGAGAUUCGGACAUAACGAAAUCGAUGAACCAUUUUUCACCCAACCGAACAUGUAUAAGGUCAUCCAAAAGCAUCCCUCAGCGCUUGAAAUCUAUAAAACUAAGCUUUUGGAAUCAGGAGAGGUGACUGAAGAAGACAUUGAUAGGAUGCAUAAAAAAGUUGAUUCCAUUCUCAAUGAAGAGUUUAUGAGUAGUAAAGAUUAUGUUCAACAAAGAAGGGACUGGCUUUCAACUAAUUGGAGAGGAUUCAAAUCGCCCGAACAGCUUUCCCGAAUCCGAAACACCGGGGUGUGUCCGGAUGUACUAAAGAUGGUUGGGAGAGCAAUUACAAUUCUGCCUGAAGAUUUCAAGCCGCAUCGAGCAGUGAAGAAGGUGUACGAAGAUCGUGCGAAGAUGAUUGAAACUGGGGAGGGCCUUGAUUGGGCGAUGGGGGAGGCACUGGCUUUCGGGACGUUGUUGGUGGAAGGUAAGCACGUUAGAUUGAGUGGCCAAGAUGUUGAAAGAGGCACAUUUAGUCAUCGGCAUGCAAUAGUUCAUGAUCAAGAAACAGGCAAAAUUUAUUGCCCUUUAGACCAUAUCAUGGAGAACCAAAAUGAUGAGAUGUUUACAGUGAGUAACAGCUCGCUUUCGGAAUUCGGUGUUCUCGGGUUUGAACUGGGAUACUCAAUGGAAAAUCCAGACGCCAUUGUUCUAUGGGAGGCUCAAUUUGGUGAUUUCUCUAAUGGUGCACAAGUUAUAUUUGAUCAGUUCCUAAGCAGUGGAGAGUCUAAGUGGCUUCGUCAAACGGGGCUUGUAGUACUGCUUCCUCAUGGAUAUGACGGCCAAGGCCCCGAACAUUCGAGCGCAAGGCUCGAACGGUUCUUACAGAUGAGCGAUGAGAAUCCUUACGAAAUUCCAGAAAUGGAUGCAACGCAUCGAAAACAAAUACAGAAAUGCAAUUGGCAGGUUGUGAAUACUACAACUCCUGCAAAUUACUUCCAUGUUAUAAGGCGACAGAUGCACAGGGAAUUCCGUAAGCCAUUGAUUGUAAUGGCACCUAAGAACUUGCUCCGUUACAAGAACUGCAAAUCAAACUUAUCGGAAUUCGAUGACGUUCAAGGCCAUGAAGGAUUUGACAAACAAGGAACCAGAUUUAAACGUCUUAUAAAGGACCAAAGCAACCAUUCGGAUCUCGAGAAAGGUGUUAGGCGACUGGUUCUUUGUUCUGGAAAGAUAUAUUAUGAGCUUGAUGAGGAGCGUCAAAGGCUCAAGGCCGAUGAUAUUGCGAUUUGUCGAGUGGAACAGCUUUGUCCCUUCCCCUUUGAUCUCAUCCAACGAGAGCUUAAGCGCUAUCCAAAUGCUGAGAUUGUGUGGUGCCAAGAAGAGCCAAUGAACAUGGGUGCAUACACCCACGUUGCUCCUCGCCUUUGGACUGCCAUGAGGAACUUAGGUAGGGGAUCCACAGAAGACAUCAAAUACGUCGGAAGACUACCAUCUGCCGCCACCGCCACCGGUUUAUUGCAGAUUCAUCAAAAUGAACAGGCUGAUAUUAUAAACCAUGCAAUGCAAUCUGAGCCAAUCAAGUAUCCUUACUAA